AUGUCUCCAGCCGUUAAGGCAAAUUUCGAUGCGAUAUCAGAAAAAGUUCCAAAACUGAGAAAGUUCUUAUCGUAUAAUUAUCCUGACAUUACAAGAGUAUCCGGAAAUAUACAAUACAAUUCGUGGCAAAUAUCGCCAGUCGUUAAAGAAAAUUUGAAGAAUCUAAAAUCCAAACUUAACAUUGAAAUUCGUUUUUCAAGCUCACCCCCGUCAAACAAUCAAUUUAUUUUCCUAAAGAAUUUUACAUCAACAGCGUCUCUCGAUGUUCUCAAAAACUUCGUACAAAGUAAAAAUAAUUCAAGUUCCAUUGAAUCUACGUUGUUAAAUCGAUUAUUGACCUCAAGAUAUCUAUCGCCUGUUAAAUCGGUUCCGGCAACGCUACCUAUAAUAUCAUCUUCAACUGCAAGACCAUCAAUCCAAGCAUACAGAUCUCCUCCUACGCGGACUGACCAGAAUGAAGACAAUGAGCCUGAGUGGAGACUACAAUAUAGCAUGGAAGGCUACGGGUCACUACUAAUCCCAAGUACGUGCAUCGGAAAAUGUAUUAAAAUAAAAGCGAACUAUGCUGGUUUACAAGAAUAUGAAAUCAUACCACCACCUUUAACCACAACUCAACAGAAUACAAAUACAGCUACUGAUACAUCAACCUCUAGUACAACUUUAACAUCAUCUUAUUAUAUCAACUCCAUCUGGGAUCACAUAAUACCUCCACCAAAGAAGAUAAAUAUACCAGUAUCAGCAGAUACACCACAACGAAUCGGAACUCCACCAUCAUCAUUUGUUUCUCAGCACGUAACAACUACUGAAACAAAAGAGGUUCUAAAUAGUUCUCCUCUAACAACAACCACAAUAUCACCAAUAUCUGUAAUCCCGGAGGAUAUACCACCCACAGCACCAGUUCGAAAGGUUGUCGCAGCUCAUAAUCCAACAUACCUUCGUUUUAUUCCGAAUGCAACGCACAUGUUCUCAACCAGGCCCUAUCUACUGUUCGAUCAAAAACUGUACAAUUUUAAGAAUAUUUAUGAUGCAUUAUCAUCAUUGAAAAAUAUUUUACGUGAAUAUUCAAACGUUAUUGUCCAGUUGCGGAGACCAAAAACUAAAAUUGGUCUGGGAAAUGCAACGGAAUUCAAACUGAUUUUAGACAACAGAAAAGUUCAUCAAACUUCAUUAAAAAACGAACAAAAAAUAAUAAAUGAAAGUGAUGUUAAUCGUGCAGUAGAAAAUUUGAAUAGAAUGAUGAAUAUUGAACAGGAAUUAAUGAAUGUAAGGAAUGCUUUUACUGCUCGUAAACUUGGUGUGGACAUGACAGUCAAUGGAACAGCAUAUCCUACGCUGAGAGCAGCUCCACCCAGCCAAAAUCUAGAAACAACAACAAAAUUUAGUUUUUUACCGAUUUUUGAACCAAACACAAAAAAUAUCAAUGAACGAUAUUUCAAAAGUAUAUGUUAUUGCACAAUGUUAAAUAGGACAAUUAAACGUGCUAAUCAUUCACAAUGUCGGCGUUUAAUCAAAUAUAAUUCUACAGAAUUUGACUAUGAUUAUAUGUACGGAAGUGAGAAAAAAAUGGCCAUAUUCAGAAUUAAUUAUACUUACAAUAUCAAUUAUGCUGCUAUUCCAUUCACUGAACCACAAUUGAUAAGUGAUUGGGAAGGCUCAUUUGAUAUAGUGGAAGGGGAUAACUUUUAUCGUGUUUGUAUAGUGAAUGGUCAACCAAAGCCCACCAUCUACGUGUCAUUUCAUAAUGUAAAUGGUAAAAUGUAUAUGCAAAGUGUUCAUGUCAACAUUACAUAUGCUCUGCUAGAAGAUAGCGGAUAUUACGUAUGCCAUGGAUUUAAUUACUUAAAGUCAAAAAAUUGGACGUUUAGAUUGAAUGUACAAAGCGCUCCUUGGUUUCAACAGCAUGUACCUACCCAUGUGUACGCUCAAAAAGGUUCUCGUUUACACAUUCCUUGUCGUGCAUUUGGAAAUCCACAACCAUUUAUCUACUGGAUGCAUAAAAGUCGAUUUCAUGACUUUUUACCCGUUCAUUAUGAGAUAUUGGAUAUUGCCUAUGUUCGUAAUAUACAUGAAGGUGUUUAUCGUUGUCGUGCGACAAACAUUCACGGUAUAGUAGACGAAGAUAUGGUAUUACUUGUUGGUCUCACUCGAAUGUUGUUACCUCAAGAUAGUCUCAUAUUAGUUUCACAGUGGAUAUCAUCCGUCUACUUACCAAAUAAUUAUUAUAAUUUUACUCGUAUAUGCGAUGUACAAGGAUAUCCACCGCCUGAAAUAAACAUCAUAUUUCAUAGUAAACAAGGUUAUUCAUAUUCACUUAACAAUGAUAUAUUGCAAAUAAAUCGGGUAAAUUGGAUGCAUACUGGCAACUAUUCAUGUUUUGCAACCAGUUCAGUAUCAACAAAAGUGUGGAACUUGACGUUAUAUGUGGCAGGUCCACCUUACAGGGUUCUUCCUGAUUUUGCAUUUUCUUACCCAAUUGAACUGCGCCAAGGCCAAAGUUGGACAACGACAUGUAAUGUUGAAGGAUAUCCCACACCAAAUUACACCUGUAGUAAUGGACAUCCUGACAUUUCUCCGUCAACACAUCAUCAUUAUGCUUUGCAACAUGAUGAUAGUGUGGAUAUGGCUGAUAUUCAUCACCAUAUUCAAAAUGUUCGAAUUGGACUUUUGGGUGCUGGUCGUAUGGCUCAAGCGAUUAUUCGAAGUCUUAUUGAUAGUAAAACUGUUUCAUCUAAAAACUUAAUUGCAAGUGAUUUGGAUACAAAUCAACUAAAUAUGUUGAAGAAAGAAACUGGUAUACGUACAACACAUAAGAACAAGGAAGUUGUAUCAGAGUCCGAUAUACUCGUAUUGGCUGUUAAACCAAAAGAUGUAGAAAAUGUUUUGAAAAAUAUUUACUCUACGUAUGAACCACACACACAUUUGUUGGUAUCAAUUGCAGCUGGAAUUCGAACAGCAACUAUUGAACAGCAACUGAAACCAAAGUGUCGUGUUGUUCGCGUAAUGCCAAAUGUGACAUGUAUGGUAAACGCCAGUUGUAGUGUUUAUACACGCGGUACACAUGCGACAAAAACUGAUAUUGAUACCGUGCAUGAAAUGUUUUCGGCAAUUGGUACUUGUGAGGGCGAAGUGGACGAAAGUUUAUUAAACGUUGUUACUGGAUUAAGUGGGAGUGGACCAGCCUAUUUUUCAGUUAUUAUUGAUGCGCUGGCUGAUGGUGCUGUCAAGGCCGGUCUUUCCCGUACAUUAGCAUUAACAUUGGCAACUAAAACAAUGUAUGGUACAGCGAAAAUGUUGUUAGAAAAACAGAUACAUCCAACUCAAUUAAAAGAUAUUGUUGCUAGUCCAGGUGGAACUACAAUUUAUGGUUUAGAAAUUCUUGAAAAAGCUGGAUUUCGGGCAGCAUUGAUGGAAGCAGUUACGAGUGCAACAGACAGAGCAAAAACAUUGGAAACAUGA